AUGAACUUGAGAAGCAAAGGAUCAACAAAUCUUGCACCAAGAGUGGACAACAUCAAAGCCUUAGAAAGAGAGUUGGGAAGACAGAGAAGAGAAAGAGAAAAGCAAGCCCACUUACAUAGAUUGGGGCUUGAGAUGGAGAGAAACCCGAAUCAACCGGAAGGUGUCUAUGAAGUUGAUGAUCAUAGACAAAAUGUCCAAGAAGUUCCUCCUGGAGCUGCUCAAGAGGGCAAUGGUCAAGGAGCUGCCAACCUUCGACCUAGACAACCACAACGCCAAGCUAGGGCCAUCGGUACAUAUGAUCAACCUAACAUAAAUGGGAAUAGGUUGGGCAUUAGGGGACCGCCAGUUGCCAACAACAAUUUCGAGAUCAAGUCCAGCCUCAUCAACAUGAUUGAAAACAACAAGUACCAUGGACUUGCCUUGGAAGACCCACUAGAUCACCUUGACAGAUUUGAUAAAUACUGUGGCUUGUCAAAAACAAAUGGAGCUCACACGUGGGAGAAAAACAUCUCAAGUGAUACUAUCACCACUUGGGAUGAAUGCAAGAAGGCCUUCCUCAACAAGUUCUUCUCUGCUACAAGGACUGCAAACCUUAGAAAUCAGAUCUCUGGUUUUCAACAAAAAGGACUUGAAGGAUUUUCAGAGGCAUGGGAGAGAUUCAGAACUUACUUGUCUCAAUGUCCCCACCAUGGCUUCAACAAUGAGAGCUUGCUAAGCACAUUCUACAGAGGAGUCUUGCCUAAAUUCAAAAGCCAGCUUGACACUGCAAGCAAUGGAAACUACUUGGGGAGGACUGUCGAAGAUGCAUUAGAACUCUUGGAGAACAUGGCACAGAGUGAUUCUGUCUACAAUGACGAAUAUGACAGAAGAGACAGAAGUGGGGGAGGAGAAGAUAUGACCACAAAAAGAGAACUGAAAGCAAUACAAGAAAAGAUUGACAUGCUACUAUCAGAAAAGAACAAGAAGGAGGAGUUACAUAUGGUUUCUGAAGCUGAUGGAGUAGAAUGCCAAGAAGAUAUGUACUAUGUCAACGCUCAGGGUACAUGUCUCAUUAAGGAUAAUGAGAAACAAGGUGGGGAGGUGGUCAUCAAUGUAGAUGAUGAUGUGGUGAUUGUGGAUGAGAAAACUAAUGAGGAAAUAUUGGAGAAGAUAGUUGAAGCUAAGGGCAAGAGAAAGAUUGGAGAGGAGAAAGUUGAGAACAAAAAUGAGGAGGCUACAUCAACAAAGGAGAAAUUGUUCACUCCUCCUCCCUAUGAGCCAAAGCUUCCCUUUCCUGGAAGAUUCAAGAAGCAACUCCUAGAGAAGUACAAAGCCUUGUUUGACAAACAGAUGAGUGAAGUUCAGCUCACCAUGCCCAUAAUUGAUGCAUUUAUGCUGGUUCCACAAUACAGCAAGUUCUUGAAAGAUGCUGUAGAACAAAAGAAGAAAAAGAUGGAAGGGAUGGUGAUUCUUACUCACGAGUGCAGUGCCAUUAUUCAGAGACUGACUGUCCCAAGGAAGCUAGAAGACCCUGGUAGUUUCACCCUGCCAUGCGCCAUUGGACCUUUGACAUUUGAGAAAUGUCUAUGUGAUUUGGGAGCAAGUGUCAGCCUCAUGCCACUAUCCAUUGCCAAGAAGCUUGGGUUUACACAAUAUAAAAAGUGCAAGAUCUCUUUGGUGCUAGCUGAUCGAUCUGUCAAGCUCCCCAUUGGCAUCCUAGAAGAUCUUCCUGUCAAGAUAGGAAAUUGUGAAGUGCCUACUGACUUUGUAGUGCUUGAGAUGGAUGAAGAGCCUAGAGAUCCUUUGAUCUUUGGAAGACCUUUCUUGGCAACUGCCGGAGCAAUGGUGAAUGUGAGAGAUGGCACAAUUGAUCUCCACCUUGGAAAAGAUCACAUUCUCCAUUUUGAUAUCAAGGAGAUGAUGAAGAAGCCCACAACUCAAGGAGAAAUAUUCUACAUUGAUGAGAUGGAUGCCUUGGCUGAUAAUUUCCUUGAGGAGUUAGCGAUUGAGGACUCUCUUCAACAUGCCCUGACCAUUGAAAGAGAGACCCAAAUGAUUGAAAACAAAGAGAGUGAUGAGCUAGUAAGAAGGCUAGAUGUUCACCUUGAGGAGGAUGGAGAAGAUGAGUUCAUGGAGUUGCCACAAAUGACUCAACAUGCUGCCUCAGCAGACAUUCAAGAGAACCUCCAUGAAGCUGAUUGGAGUGAGCUCAAGGCACCAAAAGUGGAGCUUAAACCUCUUCCCCAUGGUGUAAGGGUAUUACGGAGAUGUGAGGACACUAACCUGGUGCUCAAUUGGGAGAAGUGUCACUUCAUGGUCAAGGAAGGGAUUGUUCUUGGACACAAAGUUUCUGAGAAAGGAAUUGAAGUGGACAAAGCCAAGAUAGAUGUCAUGGUUGGUCUAGCGCCACCAAGAACGGUGAAGGAUAUAAGAAGCUUUCUGGGUCAUGCCGGUUUCUAUAGAAGAUUCAUUAUGGAUUUCUCAAAGAUAGCUAGACCAUUGACCAGGCUGUUAUGCAAAGAAGCUGCAUUUCACUUCGAUGAGGAGUGUAUGGAAGCUUUCAAAAACCUGAAGAAUGCACUCAUCAGUGCACCCAUAGUUCAACCGCCAGAUUGGGAUCUCCCCUUUGAGAUCAUGUGUGAUGCAAGUGACUUUGCUGUAGGAGCAGUCCUAGGCCAGAAGAGAGACAAGAAGUCACAUGUGAUCUACUAUGCAAGUAGAACACUUGAUGAAGCUCAAGCUAAAUACUCUACAACUGAAAAGGAGCUAUUGGCCAUUGUCUUUGCAUUUGAGAAGUUCAGAAGCUACUUGGUUGGGUCAAAGGUGACUGUCUACACUGAUCAUGCUGCAUUAGACACCUCUUAG